GAGGCGGGGCUUUCCCAACCCAAGCCCAACAAUAACAACAAGAGCAGCGGCGGCACCCGGAAGCCCCGCGCGCGAGCUGGGGCUACUUCCGCCCACCGCCGCCACUUUCUUCUCUGAGGGAGGCGAGGAAGUCAGUGGGAAGGAGCGAAGGAAGGAAAGAAGGAGUGAGUGAGUCGCCGCCAUGAAGCUCCGCGUCCGGGCGCGGAAGCGAACGGCCCCGCUGGAGUUGCCUGAGGCGGAGCCAACCCUGGGGGACCUGCGAGCGCACCUCGGGCAGGCUCUCCUCCCUUCUUGGGGCUACAGUUCUGAAACAAAAUUUGAAAUUACCUUGAACAACAAAGACUCACUUGUUGGAGACCAGGACACCCUAGCAUCAUUUGGGAUUGUUUCAGGAGAUUUGAUAUGUUUGAUUUUGGAAGAUGAUGCAGCACUCAGAUUAUCUUCACCUUCCUCCUCAUCCCUUCCUUCAUCACAGAGUAAUCAUGGCUCAUCUAUCUCAGCAGUAUCCCACAGCCACCCCAGAAAUGAAGAUAAUAAAUUGCAUAAUGGACACAUAGAAGACCAUAAAAUCCAGUGCGAUAACCAAAUGAGUGACAAUAUGGCAGGGCCCAGUCAAGAGUUUACAUCAGAAGGGGGCCCAGAUGACCUUGACCUCCAAGAAGCUACAGGUUCUUUUCCUUCAGAGCCAAUGCUUUGCUGUGAAGCUACAGAUGGGCAAGUGCCACACUCACUUCAGACCCUCUACCACUCUGCAGAGUGCACCAAUGCCAAUGAUGCCUUGAUAGUUUCAAUCCACCUUAUCAUGAUGGAGACAGGAUAUGUACCACAAGGGACAGAAGCAAAGGCAUCAUCAAUGCCUGAGAAUUGGAGGAACAAAGGAGUUUAUAAGCUGCUCUAUACUCAUCCACUCUGUGAAAAUGGCUUUGCUGUCCUUACAUGUGUGCCCUUGGGAAACCUUAUUGUUGUCAAUGCUAUGUUAAAGAUCACCAGUGACAUCAAAAGUGUGAAGAGACUGCAGCUUCUGCCAACAUCUUUCAUUUGCUUUCAGGAUUCAGCAAAUGUUGUAGGUGUGUAUAAGGAUCUUCAGAAGCUGUCUCGUCUCUUUAAAGAUCGACUGGUCUACCCGCUUCUGGCUGCUGCCCGGCAAGCUUUGAACCUUCCUGAUGUUUUUGGUUUGGUGGUCCUUCCACUGGAACUGAAACUCCGGAUUUUUCGUCUCUUGGAUUUCCGUUCACUCCUCUCUUUGUCUGCUGUGUGCCAUGACCUCUAUGCAGCCUCAAAUGAUCAGCUACUAUGGAGAUUCAUAUAUCUGCGAGAUUUCAGAGAUCCUGUUGCCAGGUCUCGUGACACAGACUGGAAGGAGCUGUACAAGAAAAAAAUGAAGCAGAAGAGAGAUGCCCUGCGGUGGAGGCACAUGAUGUUUCUACCCCCUCCUCCCCUUCCCAUCCCUCUUCAUCCCAACCCACUGUAUCCCAAUCCUUUCCCUCCUAACCCUCUCUACCCACCAAUGAUCAUUGGUGGUGAAAUGGAUGAAAGGCCUACACCUCCUUACAUUGGUGACCCAAUCCACUCCCUCUUUCCUGCCUCUACAGAGUUUCUUCCAGGUGAGUAUCCUCUUGGGUCACACUUAGAUCCAUUUGGAUCAUUUCAAAAUCCCAAUCCCACACUCCCAGGAAGAACCAGUCGAGGCCGUCCGAUUGAUAGUCGCCGUGCAUUCAUAUGAUGGUUCCUUUAGUGUUUUCAUUUCCCCAUUCCUGGGCUUGCUUUGAAACUGUACGUCAGUUAUAAGUCUUCAAUGACUGACUGUUUUAACUAUGGCAGUGUGUAUGUACUAUGUAUUCUGAUGCCAAGGACUUGGGCCCAAAAACUCAGUAUUGACAACCAAUGCUCUCUCACUGGAGAUCCUUUCUGAAAGAUCUGUAUGGAACACUAUUCUUUCCACUUCCAUCUGCAAAUUGCUUCUUAGAAAAAGCAUUAGAUGGUUGGCCUUAGCUGCAUCAAAUAAAGCGCACUUUAAACACAAA